AUGCAGCCUGCUAGUGGCAAGGCCAAGCCAGGCAGGAAACGCAUCGCCUGCCACGCCUGCUCGUCUAACAAGCAGAAGUGCGAUGGCGCGACCCGAUACCCUUGUCGAAGAUGCGAGCUGUACAACAUCCAAUGCGAAUAUCCGGAUGGACAGGUACCCAGGUCGGCUGUGAGGGUGGAUCUCGGGCAGGGAACGUCGAGUGCGGCGAGCACGCCUUUGAACGGGACGGCGACGGCGGCUGGCGGAAAGGAUGACAUUGCGGCUGCGCUGCGCGAGAUGACCGCGCGACUGGCUGCGAUCGAAGCAGGCCUCGAGUCUGACCGCCGAAGCGGCUUCCGACCUUCCGCCGGCGCAGCCUCAACCUCUUCCUUCUCCCUACCCGGCGUCGCAUCCUCUUCACUCCCUCAUCUCCCAGCCGCGUCGACCUCCCUCGCGGUCCCCAUCGAAACCCGCACGUCAGGCUCCUCGACUCCCGCACACGCCGAAAGCGUCGAGAUGCCCGCCGACUCGAACCCGCUCCAGGUGCUCGUCAGCACAAUGGAGCAGAUGAGUCGCGACGAGACUGCGAUGGACGAGGACGAAGGAGGCGAGAUCUUCGGCGCGAGGAGGUCAGAGAACGAAGUUGGGCCUGAAUCGGACCCGGCGUAUCUCGAGCAGUUGGAGAGGGAGGCGAAGAACGAGCCGAGAAGCGGGAGACCGGAUGCAUUCGCGAGGGGAUUGGUCACGUUCGAGGACGUCCAGACUGCGUUUGCGUUCUAUGUCCAGCGAAUACAGCCUUGGGUGCCGGUUGUUGAGCGGAGGGCGCCGCUGGUCGUGCGCGACAAGAGCCCGUUCCUCUUCCACGUCAUCCUCGUCGUCACGAAUUACUACAACACGUCCACGACCGUCCGCGCUCGUGAAGUCUACGCUGGCCUCAACGCCAUCAUCCACGAACUUCUCGUCGCCCACAUCCUCGCUCCCGAUCCCUCCAUGUUCACCCGCGACUUCAUCCGCGGCCUCCUCCUCCUUCUCUACUACAAGCCGGUUCAGACAGCCGCCUACAGCCACCGCGGGAUCAAGUCGACCAGCCGCAUUGUCCACGCCUCGAAAGUCAACGCUCUUUCGUCACUCAUGGUUCACUCCCUCAUCCAGCGUGCUGCCUCGUUCAUCGACAUCCAAAGCUCGCCACACCGCCUCACUCCCGUCCUCGACAAUCCGACCGGCGUCGGGCCAGAAGAGCGCAAGCGAGCGCUCGCAGAGUUCCGCCUCUGGUGCACGCUUAUCGCGGCAGACGCGCUCGGCUCGCUGCAAAGCGGUCGAAUCACCUGGACCGACCCGGCUGCGGCGCUCAAGAAUGCCCGCCGCUUCGCACAGCUCGCUGCGGACCCGACAGACGUCCGCCGCGCCUCGGUCCUCGAGCUCUACAGUAUCGUCACCGUCCCGACCUCCGAGACCGCCGCGCUUCACCCAGUCCGAUACCGCCUCGAACAGCUCUCGCGCAUCAACGCCCAGCUCGACGCCUGGAAGUCGUACUGGACGCCCGUUUUGACCGAGGCGCAGAAUAGGGGAGACCCGCUUGCGUAUACGGUUGUGCAGACGCUCGCGCAAUUCGUGGUGCUUGCGGUCAAUGGAGCGGUCUUUACGCGAUGGGACCUCGAGCGGAAGAAGGAGCUUGAGGACGGGAAGGAAGGCAGGCCGAAGCUGACGACGGACGACUGGAAACACCUCCAACGAGCAGCCGACGCCGCAGACACAGCGAUCUUCAUCGUCUCGACCGAAGCGACCGUCACGGGCAACCCGCUGCGCGAGUACCGCUGGCCGCCAGCCGUCAACGGGUACCGAGAAGCGCUGCACCUCGACCCAAGGAUUACGGAGGACUUCAAGACUGCGCUGGACACCAUGACCUGCAUCGCUUUCGUCUACUCCCUCCUUUUCCUGGUCCGCAUGGCUUCGGCGGGCCUCAUCACCUGCGACCUCGUUACGCGCAAGGCGGACUACGAGGCCGGCUGCGACCUCAACACGCCUCAGCCGCUCACGAAGGGCCAGAAGCUGCCUCGCCUGCUCGAACUCGGCUCCGCCUUCCUCACCGGCAUCUCACCGAACCCGGACCACCCAGCCCGUCGUCACGCCCUCCUCGUCGAGAUGAUCCUUCGCGUUGGGCUCGGAGCGGCAACUCCGCAGGCGCAAGGCGCACCUUCCCCUGCCUCGUCGGGUCAGAGGCGCUCCCCUGUCGUUGGCAGUGCGACGGUCAACUCGCAGCGCCCGCAAGCCUCGCCGCCUGUCUCCGCCGCCAUGCCGAAGGCGAGCUCGAGCCUGGCGCAGACGAGCGCGCCGAUGCCCUCGCCCUUUUCACUCCCUGCUCAGGCGAACACCUCGCUGCCGCCUGUCCUUCCCACUCCGCCUCAAGCGCUCCAAGCACAGUCUUCUCCGCAGCACCUCGUCCCGCCUCAACAGCCUCCCCGACCCGUUUCGUCCUUCGACUCGUGGCUGUGGGACACCUCGACGCCGACCUCGACAUCCUUCUCCGGCCCGCUCCGCAUGCAAGACGGCUCGUUCGUCAUGCCCGACUUGACCGUCUCUACCUCGGCAGCCAACGCUGCCUCGUCGCUCGCCGCGACCGCUUCUCCCGCACUCGCUUCUGCGACUGUCCCGCCUCCGAGCGGGUACAUGGGACGUCAGGGGACGUCGCCGAUGCAGGCGACGAUGACGGCUGCGUCGGCUGGCAGGAGAGGCGACGCCGCACAGGCGAUGGCGUCGCUCCUCUCCGAAGUGAACCCCUUCCUCGACGACUUCUACGCGAGCCAACCCGGUAUCGGCUCGCACGCCUUCAACGACGACUUUGGCCUCGGACCCGGCUCACUCGGCGGGCCCUCCAACUCCGCCGCAACAGGCGGAGCAGACGUCAAUGCGCUCAACGGGCUCGAUUGGAGUUCGUAUGGCGCGAGUGGGUUUGGAGGCGCGACGCCUGGAGCGGGAGGGGCGGAGUGGGGGUUUGGGACGGGCGCGUGA